AUGGCUCGCUAUUACUAUGACAGAAAUGUACAUAGAUUCCGACAUAAUCGAAAACGAUAUCCACACGAUGGAAACGACGAUGACAAUAGGUUAUUUCUAGAUACAUCAACAAGAAGACAUUUUGAAAGUACCGGAAUGAUUGUUGGAAUUGAAGAAAGAUCGUUCAAAUUAACAGAUUGGUUCUCGAUUGUUUUCAUGCUUCUAGCUGCUGUCAUUUGUCUGAUUGCUUCGAUUGUUUUGUGUAGACAACAAAUUGAUCAUCGAUAUCACGCGUACUCACGCACAAAACGACGAGAAAUAACGGAUCAGAAUCGAAAUAACAAUCAAACAUCGUUGAACAUAGUGGAUGUUGCUGAAUGUAUUGAUAAGGAUAUCGAUUUCGUUGAAGGACUUCAGAUAUUACUCGCAAGAGGAAGUUUAAUACUGAACGAAAUCGAUGCUCAAUUACUCAAUUCAAUGACAACCUUCGAUCGUCUUCAAUAUUUUCAAAAAUUGACGAAUUAUGUUAAGUCAUAA